AUGAUUUGUAAAGUUCUGAAGCUUAACAAUGGAUAUGAAAUUCCCACGGUUGGCCUUGGGACAUGGAAAUUGGAAGACGAGUCGUCCCUUGAAUCCUCAAUAAGAAAUGCAGUUAGCCUGGGGUACAGACAUAUCGACACUGCCUUCAUAUAUGGCAACGAAAAGAUGAUAGGAAACAUUCUAAAGAAGCUGUUCAAUGAAGGCGUGGUACAGAGGAAAGAUUUGUUCAUAACAUCCAAACUUUGGAACACAUUCCAUGAUUGUCCGGAAGAUGCCCUAAGACGAACACUAGGAGAUCUUCAGAUAGACUAUGUGGAUCUGUACCUCAUCCACUGGCCGGUGACAUUUGAGCCAGCACCCAAUGGGAGCAUGGAGUCUUGCGGAAAAAAAUACAACAUUGGAGAGUUUGAUGCAGUCACACUAUGGAAGAAGAUGGAGGCUCUUGUUGAUCUUGGACUGGCAAGGUCAAUUGGAGUGUCCAACUUUGGAAAGGAAAAUACUGAGAAAGUACUUGGUGCAUGCCGAAUCCGCCCAGCAGUUUCUCAGUUUGAGCUCCAUCCCUACCUAACCCAAAAGGAUCUUGUAGAAUUCAUGAGGUCCAAGGGAAUCCAGGUUAUCAGCUAUUCAUCUCUAGGGUCAGGGGGACAGGACUCCUCUCCGAAGGUCAGGGAAGACAAGACCAUCAAGGAAAUAGCCAAGAAGUAUGGAUGCACCCCGUCACAAGUAAUACUUAGCUAUAUUGUCUCACGAGGUGUUUGUGUAAUCCCAAAAAGCAAGUCUAAGGAGCAUCUGAAGGAGAAUAUUGAUCUGAAAGAAUUAUCAAAGGAGGAUAUUUCUGCAAUUGAUGGCCUGAACAUCAACCACAGGUAUGUCAAUCCCGUAGGAUUUGGGCCCAAUCGAUUCAAAUAA